AUGGAGAGUUAUAAAGAUGUGAUGCUCAGCCAGGCGCCGGCCAUGUACGACCGCACCGGACAGGCGCCAGGCAUUUCCCUCGAGAACUACAAAGGCAUUCUUCUCAGCGCCAGACCGGCAAAUCUCCCGUACGGCCCCUCAUCGCAACUCCGCGGGGGACCGGCCGGCACCGCACGACUCGUCACCGCAGGCGGAGAAGUCGCCCCCGCCUUCGUCCCUGCCGGCAGCGUUGAAACACCAGCAGGACUCGGUCCAUCUGCAGAGGAGCGGGCCACAAUGGAACGCAAUCAUCGCAUGCGGUUAGAAAACUACAGAACACGACGCGCUAAUGCGUGUACAGUGUUAACGCGUCAUAAGCGUUGGCUACGUAGUUUCGCCGAACAGGUGCGAAAAAUGAAGGAUGAGGAGAUACAGCGGGAGAUUGAACUCGCACGAAGGGCUGAGCAAAUUCGUCAACAACAAGCACAAAAACGUGCUGAGGUGGUUGCUCUAUCACCUCGUGGAGAAGAAACAGCCAAGACUAUUCUCAGGGAAGAGAUACAAUACCCACAGCAGUCGAAGCCAGAAGGAAUGGCCGAUACAGGACGUGUUGUUUCUUUUGCAGAUGAUGAAGCAAAGAAAAAGGAUGCUGCCAAGAAGAAAAAGAAGAAGAAGCCAAAGUGGGCCCUAACAGAGGAUGAGGCUCUAGAGGAUGAACUUGCAGCUACCGACGAUUUGCUUGAGUUUGCCAAAAAUCUUGAUUAUGAUAAGUUUAUUGACGACUAUGAGGUGGCAGGGGCUUUGGCAAUUAUGCGAGAACGAGUAGAGGAGAUUGCACGAGAGAAUAACUGGAGUAAAGAAGCGCUAGAACGAGCGGCAAAUGAAUCUGUCGCUGGUGAUACAGAAGAUGGAGAAGACUAUGAAGGAAUGGAAGCGGUAGGAGGAAGUGGUAUCGCAAGGAAUGAACGAGAACGUCGUGAAGGUGGGGAUUAUCAACCUGUUAUUAGCACUGCCGCUGCAGCAAGGAAAGCAGCUCCCCAUAUUGCUGCAGGACACACAAAAGAAUGGGAUGGAUCAAAAAGUAUUGGUGGUGUACUGCGUCGGGCUAUUUUCCGCGAUACUCUACAAUUGGCCGAACGAAUUCUCGCUUCUUCUAAAUCUAUGCAGAAGAUUCAUACAAAGUUCAGCCUUGCACGUGUUCUGCAGCGUUGUGUACUUGAUGGCACUGAUGCAACGUUGGCUAUGCAAAAACCCUCCAUUGGUGGUAGUAAAGGUCUUGAUACAGAGCCACGUGUGGUGAACGUACACCCAGAUGCAACUGGACUUGAGACAGGUGGAACAAGUGGUGGCGAUGCGGGUUCGCAGCGGGUACUGGUGGAGAUGCAACGCUCAAAGGAACGUACACAAGGUUUACCGUAUUUGUAUAGAUGUCCAGCCAUCUAG